AUGAAUCGAAUGCCGGUCAGACGCAAGAGGAUCAGGAGAGGAGGGCCCGUAACCACGACUGGAUAUAUCUGUUUGAUCGUCAAACUGACCAUUUUAUUGGGUCUUUGGAUCGCCUUAACCUUCGUCCUGUUAACCCAUAAAUCUCAUGACGACACUGAUACCUUGGUGACCGUGAUGCCCCAACAGAAGGUCUUCAAGAAAUUGCACAUGGAGCACGAGAGCGUUGAGAUAAUCCUGCGCGGAGCCAUCAACAAAUAUCUAACGAAUCACCUAAUCCGCGGUGCUAACUUUUCGGCAGUCGGGAUUCGUGUGGAGUGGCGGGAUCCCAACCUGAAUCGGAGCUACUUGCGCACGCCCAGAUGGAAGGUGUAUCUGUCGAAGGAUAAGAGGAAGUACAAUCAGGUCGAGAGGAUCUUUCAUUUCGCUAUUUCGGGAAAGUAUCAGGAUAAGGCGCUGGAUGACCCGACGGGCGUUGAUUGGGGCUACGCCCACACGGUGAUCUCCUUCGAGAGCAUGUGCCGUCGCCCGGUGGGUCUGUUCAUGAAGGUGGACACCAUGCCAAUGGUUGGCAAAUAUGCGGUAAUGUACUCCGCCCUCCUGCUCAUCGGCCUGUAUGUGGUCAUCAUCUGGGAACUGACGGAUCGCACCUUGUGCACCCUCCUCUUGACCGCUGCUGGAUUGGCCCUGCUCACUGUCCUGGGGAAUAGACCAUCCUUCGGGACGAUCAUUUCAUGGGUGGAAUGGGAAAGCAUGAUGCUCCUGCUGGGCAAUUUGAUUAUGAUAACCCUGAUGGCGGAGACCGGCUUCUUCGACUACCUGGCCGUGGUGGCCUAUCGGAUUUCGAAAGGCAAUUCCUGGUUUCUGAUUGCCCUUCUGGGCAUUGUGGUUUUUCUAUUCUCGGUUUUCCUGGACGCUGCCACCGUGGUGCUGCUCUUUAGCCCCGCAGUGAUUAGACUGUGUGAGGCGAUGGCCUUGAAGACCACUCUGGUGUUGAUCAUCCUGGCAUUGUAUGCCAAUAUCGGUGGAUCUGUGACCCCAGUGGGUGGACCACCCAAUGUGAUCAUAGCCACCAAUAUGAACGUGGCUGGGGUGAGUUUCAUUAACUUCUCGAUUCACAUGCUCCCGACUGCCAUCAUCUGCAUGAUCACCAUCUUCAUCCUGGUCUACCUGAUCCUGGGCAAGCGUAUCUUUAUACUGGAUGAGAACCAAAUGGAGUUGAUUAAGAACAGGCAGGACGAGAUGAGGUCCUCAUUCGACGUCCAGCUAAGGACUGCCGAACUGAUCAGGAAUCAUCCGGCGAGGACCUUGCUCCGACCGGCUCCCAACUACUUCCAGACUCUGGCCUACCUGGAGGCCAAACACUGGAUCCGCAAGAAGAUGCUCCUGGUGCACUCGGUGUUGGCCCUGAUCUUUGCCAUCUCUUGUUUUGCCCUGCAAUCCAUACCGUGGGCCAUUCCCGGCGCCUCCCUGGGCUGGAUAUCCAUUCUGGCCGCCUUCCUGCUGCUCAUCCUGGCCGACAAGGAGGAUCUCACCGACAUUCUGGACAAGAUCGAGUGGUCCACCUUGCUGUUCCUGGCCUCGCUCUUCAUCCUCACCGAGGUGGUCUCCGAAUUGGGCUUCAUCCACUGGCUGGGCAUCCAUGCGGUGGACUUGAUCGUCAAAGUGGACGAGCAGCACCAGAACAUGGUCGGCAUGCUCCUGAUCCUCUGGCUGUCGGCCAUAAUGUCCGCCUUCAUCGACAAUGCAGUGGUGGCCACAAUCAUGGUGAAGCUCUGCAUCGAGAUGGCCUACCACGAAAACGUGGCGGUCACCCUAAUGCCGCUCAUCUGGGCCACCAGUUUCGGGACCAGCUACGGAGCCAAUGGAACUCUGCUGGGAUCGAUGGCCAACGAGUUCGUCUCGGUGAUUGGAAGACAGUACGGCUAUGAGAUCACCUUCCGGACCUUUUUUGUGGUGGGAUUUCCCAUCAUGCUCGUCACCGUGGCCAUCUGCUCGAUGUUUCUAGUAAUCGCACACUCAGUUUUUGAUUGGCACUAG